CCGGGCCGUGGCCGCUGCUCCGCCCCCAGCGGCCCCUCCGGUCCAAGGAGGCUCCUCUGGCCGCCCGGCAGCCCCCCACCUUGUCCGCAGCAGCUCCUCCGAGCCCCCCCGACCCUUGCCCCAUUCCCAGCAGCCCUCCCGACCCCCCGGCAGGCCCCCACCCUACGCGCUCCGCGCCCCACGGAGGCGGGGCCUGGCUCGGGAUGGACAGGGACACGCGCGUGUUCGCCGAGAGCCACUUCCGAGGGCUUCGGGGGCGCCUACCCGGCAGGGUCUGCCCCAAACUGGACCGCGUGGACUUCAUCGAGAAGCCAGACGCCUUCUCCUACGCGGACUUCUUCAAGGGCUACCUGCUCCCCAACUUGCCCUGUGUUUUCUCCAGCGCUUUCACCGAGGACUGGGGCAGUAGGAGGCUCUGGGUGACGCCCGGCGGAAAGCCCAACUUCGAUUAUCUGCUUCAGAACUAUGGAGACCUGGUUGUACCUGUUGCAAACUGUGGGGUCCAAGAAUACAACUCCAACCCCAAAGAACACAUGCCCCUCAGAGACUACAUCAGCUACUGGAAAGAGUACAUUCAGGGGAACUACUCCUCUCCACGGGGCUGUCUCUAUCUCAAAGACUGGCAUCUGUGCAGGGACUCCUCAGCGGAGGACGUGUUCACCCUGCCCGUGUACUUCUCGUCCGACUGGCUCAACGAGUACUGGGACGUCCUGGACGUGGAUGACUACCGCUUCGUCUACAUGGGGCCCAGCGGCACCUGGUCACCGUUCCACGCCGACAUUUUCCGCUCCUUCAGCUGGUCUGUCAACAUCUGCGGGAGGAAAAAGUGGUUCUUCUUCCCACCGGGGCAAGAAGAAUUCCUGCGGGAUAGCCGCGGUGGCCUGCCCUACGAUGUGACCUCCCCCACACUCCUAGAUGGCCACCUACACGCCAGGCUCGAUCUCUGUAAUCCACCACUGGAGGUCACACAGGAGGCUGGCGAGAUGGUGUUUGUACCCAGUGGGUGGCACCACCAAGUCCACAACCUGGAGGACACCAUCUCCAUCAACCACAACUGGGUCAACGGCUGUAACCUGGCCAACAUGUGGCACUUCCUGCAGCAGGAGCUCUGCGCGGUGCAGCGGGAGAUCAUCGAGUGGAGGGACACCAUGUCCGACUGGCACCGCCACUGCCAGGUCAUGAUGAAGUCGUGCUCCGGCAUCAAUUUCAAGGACUUUUAUCACUUCCUCAAGGUCAUCGCUGAAAGGAGGCUGCGCUUCCUGGCUGAGGGUGUGGACCCUGGCCAGGUGGGGGGUAGCAAGGGCUGUGGGCUGGGCCCCCAGCAGGCCGCUUUUGACGUCGGCCGCAUAGCUGAGGUGCUGGAGUGCGUGGUGGCCCACGCUGACUUCCAGAGAGUGGACACCAGUGCGUUCUCACCACAGCCAGAGGAGCUCCUGCAGCAGCUGGAGGAAGUCAUGGCCGCCACCGUGUCCCUUUAGUGCGGGUCAUGAGAACUGGCUGCAACAUGUCCUGGGGGGACGCUGGAGGCACCAGUGUGGAAGGCAUUCACCCUGCUCCAGAGUCCCUUCUAGCAAUAAAGCUCUGUUCUGUGUGGCCCAGGA